AAAGAAAACCAACAAAGUCUCCAAAAGUUGUCACUCUACACUUUGCCUUAUCUCUACGUUCUUUGCUCUCCCUCUUGCUCUCUCGCUCUCUCUCUGAGCCCGUCUUCUCUGGCUGGAUGCGAAGGUGGUUGCGAAGAUGUUCUCCGUGCUGCCCAAAGUGGAGAAGCUGUCGGCGCGGGUAAUCCGCGUCCUGGGCUGUAACCCCGGGCCUAUGACGCUCCAGGGGACCAACACCUACUUGGUGGGAACCGGGCCCAGAAGGAUCCUAAUAGAUACCGGAGAGCCACGCAUCCCUGAAUAUAUAAGCUGUUUGAAACAAACACUUCAUGAAUUCAACAUUUCCAUCCAGGAAAUUUUAGUAACUCAUUGGCACCAUGAUCAUACUGGAGGCAUAUCAGAUAUUUGUGAAAAGAUUCCAGCUGGUUAUGAAUAUUGUAUAAGUAAGCUUCCACGUAACCCACAUCAAGAAGAAGUAAUAGAAGGAAAGCAGAAGUAUGCGUACUUAAGAGAUGGAGAUGUUUUAAAUACAGAGGGAGCGACUCUCAGGGUGUUAUAUACCCCAGGGCAUACAGAUGACCACAUGGCUUUACAUUUGCUAGAAGAAAAUGCAAUAUUUUCUGGUGACUGUAUUUUAGGAGAAGGAACAGCUGUGUUUGAAGACCUUUAUGACUACAUGAAGUCAUUGGAUAAGCUCCUGGGAAUCAAAGCUGAUUUAAUAUAUCCAGGACAUGGGCCAGUAGUAAAAGAAGCAAGAGCUAAAAUUCAAGAAUAUAUUUUACAUAGAAAUGAACGUGAGAAACAAAUCCUACACAUCCUGGAUGAGAAUGCUGGGAAGUAUUUCACAGCAAAGGAACUUGUGAAAGUUGUUUACAAGGACACACCUGUCCAUUUGCAUCCAGCUGCAGAAAUUAAUCUCCAACAUCACUUGAAGAAGCUAGAAAAAGAAGGGAAAGCUUUAUAUGAAAAUUCUCCUAACUUCAAGUGGAAAAGUGUUUUAUAAAUAUGGCAUAUACACAAGUUUGACAGACGUGCUCUUCUAUAUUCUGAAUUUAAAAGCACUAACAUUUUUAAUGCCAAAAUUGCAUAUAAAUCGCAUACAUAAAUGGACCUGGAUUUUAUUAUUAAUCUGAUUAAAUAAUAACUUGUCAGAGAGCGAUUGGAAGAAUCAUUCAGGGAGGAACAAGUGAAUUAUUUAUUUCAAAGCAAAAUAUUUAAAACUUCCUUUGAACAUUUGAAUAGUUUUGUAAAGAAAUUUGGAAUGUUAUUAUUGAUUAAAUUUGUAUGCUUUCUGAUUCAGCAA